AUGCAACCGCCGAGUAAAGGCAAGCGGGUCUUGAUUGCGUGCGGACCCGGCAAUAACGGCGGAGACGGCCUUGUCGCGGGCCGCCAUCUGUGGCACUAUGGCUACGAGCCAACCGUGUACUACCCGAAGCAUACGAAGAACGAGCUCUACGAACGCCUCUCUCAACAGCUGAAAGACCUCGACAUCCCCUUCACAGAAGACUUCUCCUCCGCCAUUGGCCAGACCGACCUAAUCGUCGACUCUAUCUUCGGUUUCUCCUUCUCCGGCGAAGUCCGCGAGCCCUUCCCCGCCGUCAUUACAGCGCUCCGCGACACCACCAAGCCCGUCCUCGCCGUCGACGCGCCCAGCUCCUGGAACAUCGAGGAUGGACCCCCCGACUCCGGGCCCGGCAAGGGCUUCAUGCCCGACGCGCUGAUCAGCCUUACGGCGCCGAAGCCGCUGGUCAAGUGGUUCAAGGGAAGGCAUUUUGUUGGAGGGCGCAGGUUUCUGAGCAAGAAGAUUGCAGAGAAGUACGGGCUUGAUAUGCCGCCGUAUGAGGGUGUUGAUCAGAUCGUUGAGAUGCCGGUUGAGGGGCAGGGAGAGAAGCUGUGA